UGAUGCUAUUGUUAUGUUUGUUGAAAUUAAACUUAACAAUGGAGUGUAUGUUCGCUACCCAUGGCUUAAUGAUGUUGUCAGCGGAUAAGGCACAUGUGAGCGGGAGAGUGGCCGCUAAAGAAUUCUUGUUGCGGUUGGUGGGGAUAACUCUUUUCUGUGAAAAGAGCAACAAGAUUGAUGUUGCAUACUUGCAGUUGUUUCAUGACCUAUCUAAAGUAGGAAAUUAUGCCUGGGGAGCAGCUGCAUUAGCCUUUCUAUAUGAUCAUCUUAAGGAUGCCAACUAGGACAACAUCAGCACAGGUGGAGGGUACAUAAAUUUGAUGCAGGUUUGUAAAUUUUUUUAUUUUUUUUAUUUUUCUGAAAUGUGCAUUUUUUACUUAAGAUAAAGGCCUAGAUCUUUGAGCGCAUUUUACUUCCUCGAUAGUCGAUAGGAAGCUGAACUCGCCUACACAAAGAACUUGCUGAGGGUCAUGCGAUGGAUAACGCAAAAGGGUAAUACCUUCUUCCUCCCGAAGAGGUGUGCCUUGGACGACCUUACUGCGCGCUCUGUUGUAUGGGCACCCUACACUAGGCACAGAACAACCAGGUCGUUUGAUUCUGUCAGCCUAUAUAGUGGGUUCAUCGGACUCUCUGACAUAGUACACCUUCGCUUGUCGGAUCAUACAGUUUAUGGGGUACUCUCCACAUACCCAACUCAGACCUCUGAUGAUUAUAUGGUGUGGUAUAGGGUAGUCUCCCACCCCAUAAUGGUUUCUCCUAAGACUAUGGACGAUGCUGUAGCAAAUCUUGGGGUGUUCUUGAGCAGCUGAGGUUAUGGAGCUUUGUAGUGUGGACCCCGAGGAGUCAAGAUAUGUUGACGGAUCGAAGGUAUGGGAAGCAAACUAGAAUAUGCACACAAUCAUAGAGCAGGCUCUGUAUGGUGGGCAAGAUGAGGGUGGUAGAGACAGAGGCGAAGGCGGAGACGAAGGCAGGAAGAGAAAAAAAGAGGAGGGAGGACUCGAGCUCUAGGGGUUGACUUGACAUUGAUAUUAUAUGGGAUUUCUUUAGAAUUUAUGUAUAAAAACCUUACUUCUCACAUGUGUUUUAUGAUUCCUGUAUUGUGUUUUAACAAUUAUGGAUACAUGUAAAUGAUUGGUAUGGAUGUUAAUUUCAUAUGUAAAAUGUAUGGAUAUUACAUGUUUGGUUUGAUUAGUAUGAAUGUGUGUAAUUUGAUUAAUGAAUUUGUUAAGUCUGUGCAGCAGAUUACUGAUAUUCACACUUUAAAGCGCUUGACCCUCGAUGAGAAACAUUAUUCAACCUUCCCAUAUUAUACAUGAAUCAA